GUUUCAUAUCAGGUGAGCUCAUCUGACCCUUUCUGAUACAGAGAAUCAUGCACAUCACAGGAGCUGAAAGACUCAUCCUCAUUGGUGGUCUGCUGCAAGGUGUUCUGUGCCUAGACUUUGCAGCUCUGAUGCCUCAGAAUAUAAAAGCUCUGCAUGGAUCUUGUGUGGCCAUUCCCUGCUCAUUUACACUGCGAUCUGGAUUUGAGUCGUCCCUCACAACUUCAUGUAAAGGAAUAUGGAGGAAAGGAUGGACAGGAGUACACGUGUUUGAUUCUAGUCUCACGGGAACAGGCUUUAACACCAUUGAAGGGAAUCUAACUGGGAACUUGCAGCAGAAGGAAUGCACCACAAUCCUGAAUGACUUAUCUUCUUUCAAUGACUACUUUUCAUUCAGAAUUGAAUGUGACAAUGCUCUGAAAUAUAUUUUUCCAGAACGUGUCACAAUUAAUGUAAAAGAAAAUCCAUCCAAACCCACUCUAAGUCCAGAAACAGUAAAUGUGAUGGAGGGGACCACAGUGAAUUUGAUCUGCUCUGCUGCAGCCCCCUGUCCCUCACUCCCUCCAACUCUGACAUGGACCCCCACAUUGAGUGACAGUGUGGAGGAUUUGCAGGAGACUCCGAAUCGAGUCAUAACUUCUCUCCUGAACUUUACCGCUUCACAUGUCCACCAUGGAGAGAAGAUCACCUGCACUGCACUGUACAAACGACAAGCUGGCAAGAGUGAUAAAUCAUCCAAAACAUAUCUGACAGUCGCUGUUCUUUGUAAGUUGAUUCAUGCAUGCUCGCCCUCAGACUCUCCCAAGAACACCUCAGUGUCAGUCAGUCCCCCUGGUUCAGUGGCAGAGGGCAGCUCUGUGACUCUGACUUGCAGCAGCAAUGCCAACCCAGCAGUGAAGAACUACACCUGGUACAGAGUUGAGGGAAGUGAGAAGGACAUUGUCGGGUCUGAUAAGGACCUCAACAUCUUCAAUGUGACCAGGCUUUCAAAUGAACAGUACAACUGUAAGGCUCAGAAUGUCCAUGGACUGCAGACCUCUGAAGCCAUCAGUAUCAAUGUAACGUUUGCUUCAGAGAUCCAGAACACCUCUCACUGCAUCAGGAUUUCAGAUACAUCUCAGAUCAGAUGUUUCUGUGAUAGCUAUGGAAACCCUGCUCCCACACUGGUGUGGCAACUGGCUGGAGAGUCUGUCAAUCACUCCACAAACACCAUCAUCAGGGAGGAACCAAUAGGCCGAGCAGGCCUGAGGAGCUCCCUCACCAUCCACCAAUCACAGGAAGAGGAAAUACCGAGUCUGGUCUGCCUCAGCUCCAACUUUGAUGUUUUUGACAGCUUCUCAUUUGACUUAACAUCAAUGAAAACAUAUGAAGGUACAGGCUUCCAUCUUCUCUCUCUGUUGAUCGGGGCUGGUGUGGGGGCAGGAGUGAUGAUGCUCCUAUGCAUCCCAAUGCUUCUCAUCUGCAAGCAUAGGAGAGCCAGGCAGUCACCAAACAAAAGACAGGAGGACACAGCAGAGUUCAUAGUGACUGAUGAGACCCUCUUUCAGGAGGAGGACAAUGUCUAUGCCAAUAAAGCCAUGCUGGACGAGGCCCUCUGGCCCAACAGGACAGUGGACAGGGAAAUUGACGACACAGACCUCCUCCACUACGUCAACUUGAACUUCUCCAAACUCCAGGCCAAGGUGGCCGAGCGGGGGGAGGGGGAGGGGGAGAUCAGGGGAGUCGCCUCCAAAACCACAGAGUACGCAGUGAUCCGCCUGCACUCCACAGGUAGUAUCGAGGGAGGGGCUGGGAAGAAGGAGGCCAAUCCUGCUCUGGAGCAGGGGGAUCACGCUGAAGACCAUGGAGCUAAAGUCUUGGAAGAAUCCCAGGCAGGACACGAGAGUGGCGGGGAAGAAGAAGUUGCAAAGGAUUCUGCGCUGCCUGAGCUACAGGGCGUGACUAAUUCUGCCCUCAGUGUCCAGGAGUCUCCAGAGGCCCCACUGGGAGAAUCUGAGCAGCACAACACAGCAGAGACCGCUGUGGAUGAGGUGACACUGCUUUCUGAGCCAAAAGAUUCCUCUAAUUGUGAAGAGGAGGAAAUGUAUGGGAACAUAUGUCGUGGUCAGGUCAUAUCUGACGCAAAUUAUGGAUAACCUGAGUUAGAUAGGAGGAAGAGUAGGAGAGUGCACAGUAAGCUGCUGUAUAGAGGGAGGAAAGCUUAAAUCAAAAUAAAAUAAAAUAAAAUCAAAUUUUGUUUGUCACAUACACAUGGUUAGCAGAUGUUAAUGCGAGUGUAGCGAAAUGCUUGUGCUUCUAGUUCCGACAAUACAGUAAUAACCAACGAGUAAUCUAACCUAACAAUUCCACAACUACUACCUUAUACACACAAGUGUAAAGGGAUAAAGAAUAUGUACAUAAAGAUAUAUGAAUGAGUGAUGGUACAGAACGGCAUAGGCAAGAUGCAGUAGAUGGUAUAGAGUACAGUAUAUACAUAUGAGAUGAGUAAUGUAGGGUAUAUAAACAUGAAGUGGCAUAGUUUAAAGUGGCUAGUGAUACAUGUAUUACAUAAAGAUGGCAAGAUGCAGUAGAUGAUGUAGAGUACAGUAUAUACAUAUGAGAUGAGUAAUGUAGGGUAUGUAAACAUUAUAUUAAGUGGCAUUGUUUAAAGUGGCUAGUGAUAUAUUUUUACAUAAAUUUCCAUCAAUUCCCAUUAUUAAAGUGGCUGGAGUUGAGUCAGUAUGUUGGCAGCAGCCACUAAAUGUUAAUGGUGGCUGUUUAACAGUCUGAU